AUGUUCUCUUUGUUUCUUUGCAGACAUGAUGAUCUGAAGGAGAUGUUGGACAGCAACAAGGAUUCAUUGAAACUGGAAGCUAUGAAGAGGAUUGUGGCGAUGAUUGCUCGAGGCAAGAACGCAUCAGAUCUCUUUCCAGCCGUGGUCAAAAACGUGGCUUGCAAGAAUAUAGAGGUGAAGAAGCUGGUCUACGUCUACCUCGUCCGGUAUGCAGAAGAACAGCAAGAUUUGGCCUUACUGUCAAUCUCUACCUUCCAGCGAGGACUCAAGGAUCCCAAUCAGCUGAUUCGAGCCAGCGCCCUCCGGGUCCUCUCCAGCAUCCGCGUCCCCAUCAUUGUCCCCAUCAUGAUGCUGGCCAUCAAGGAGGCAGCCUCAGACAUGUCUCCGUAUGUGCGCAAAACUGCAGCUCACGCCAUUCCGAAGCUGUACAGCCUUGAUUCAGACCAGAAAGACCAGUUAAUUGAAGUCAUCGAGAAGCUGCUGGCCGAUAAGACUACGUUGGUGGCUGGCAGUGUGGUGAUGGCCUUCGAGGAGGUCUGCCCAGAGCGCAUCGACCUUAUUCACAAGAAUUACCGCAAGUUGUGCAACCUGCUGAUUGAUGUGGAGGAAUGGGGCCAGGUGGUGAUCAUUAACAUGCUGACCCGCUACGCCCGCACCCAGUUCCUCAGCCCUAACCUGAAUGAAUCCCUUCUGGAAGAGAGUGCUGAGAAAACAUUCUAUGGAUCCGAAGAAGAAGAUGCCAGAGAUGACAAGGCCAAGUCAGCACCCGUGGCAAAGCGCAAGCCUUACGUGAUGGAUCCUGACCACCGCUUACUCCUGCGCAACACCAAGCCCCUGCUGCAAAGCCGCAAUGCUGCAGUGGUGAUGUCAGUUGCUCAGCUCUACUUCCACCUCGCUCCUAAGGCUGAAGUUGGCGUCAUUGCUAAGGCCCUGGUGCGUCUCCUGAGGAGCCACAGUGAGGUACAAUAUGUGGUGCUUCAGAAUGUGGCCACCAUGUCCAUCAAGCGUAGGGGAAUGUUUGAGCCCUACCUGAAAAGCUUCUACAUCCGAUCAACUGAUCCCACCCAGAUCAAGAUCCUAAAGCUGGAAGUUCUGACCAACCUGGCUAAUGAAACCAACAUUUCUACCAUCUUGCGGGAGUUUCAGACUUACAUCCGGAGCAUGGAUAAAGACUUUGUGGCAGCCACAAUCCAGGCCAUUGGCCGCUGUGCCACUAACAUCGGCCGAGUGCGGGACACGUGUCUCAAUGGACUGGUUCAGCUGCUGUCCAACCGAGAUGAGCUGGUUGUGGCCGAGUCAGUGGUUGUCAUUAAGAAACUUCUGCAGAUGCAGCCGUCUCAGCACAGUGAGAUCAUCAAACAUAUGGCUAAGCUGACGGAUAACAUACAGGUACCCAUGGCCCGGGCCAGCAUCCUAUGGCUGAUUGGUGAAUACUGUGAACAUGUGCCCAAGAUUGCCCCAGAUGUUUUGCGCAAGAUGGCCAAGUCCUUCACCAGUGAGGAGGAUAUUGUGAAACUGCAGGUCAUCAAUUUGGCAGCCAAACUUUAUCUGACCAACUCUAAGCAGAGUAAGCUGUUAACCCAGUAUGUGCUGAAUCUGGCCAAGUAUGACCAGAACUAUGACAUUCGGGAUCGUGCCCGUUUCAUCCGCCAGCUCAUUGUACCCACUGAGAAGAGUGGUGCCCUCAGCAAGUAUGCCAAGAAGCUCUUUCUGGCACAGAAGCCUGCUCCCAUUUUGGAGUCCUCUUUCAAAGAUCGUGACCACUUCCAGCUGGGCUCCCUUUCACACCUCCUUAAUGCGAAAGCAGUGGGCUACCAGGAACUUCCUGAUUGGCCCAGUGAAGCUCCAGAUCCAUCUGUGCGCAACGUGGAGGUCCCAGAAUGGACCAAGUGCACCAGCCGUGAAAAGAGGAAGGAGAAGGUGGAGAAACCAUUCUAUUCUGAUUCAGAGGGAGAAUCCGGGGCAACUGAAUCUGCUGACAGCGAGCCUGAGACCAUGAGUGGAUCUGAAAGUGGAAGUGAGAGUGGAUCUGGUUCUGGCAGCGAAGAAGAGGAGGAGGAAGAGAGUGAAGACCAGUCGGAAGAGCAGGAGGAGGAGGAAGAGGAGGAGAAGAAGAAGAAGAAGAAGGAAGCUCCUAGGAAAGGUCUGCUGGAGACCGCUGGCAGUGCCAGUGAGGAGGAAGAGGAAGAAGAAGUAAAGGAAAGGAGCAAGAAAAAAACAUCACCCCAGGGAGGAAAAGAAGACUCGGGCUCCUCAUCUGAAGAGGACAGCCUCUCUGAAAGCAGUUCAACUGAAUCUGAGUCUGAAUCCGAACUGGAGGAAUCUCAUUCAGAGGAGUCAAAGAAGAAGAAGCUGCUUUCCAGCAGCAAGCCUGCUCCUAAAGCACUUAAGAAAGGAUCAAAGGAGAUCUCUCUGCUUGAUCUGGAUGACUUCACACCUCCACCUCUGCAGCCAGUGACCACCAGCCCAGUUCUCUCCACUAGCCUUGUGACUGACCUUGAGGGACUCACGUUGACCGACUCUUCUCUAACUGCAGCUAUGAUCAGUCCUGUCUUUGGAGCAGUGAAGACAUAUGAGCUGCUGCAUCGGAUGACUGGGGAAGGACUCUCAGUUGAAUACUAUUUCAGCCGGCAACCUUUUGCUCCUGACCCCCGCAUGGUAGCUGUGCAGAUCCAGAUCUCUAAUAACAUGGCAGCUGAAGUGAAAAACAUCCGUGUUACUGAGCCGAAGCUACUCUCAGGCAUGCGUAUCCAGGAGUUCAAGGAGAUUGAGUCUCUGGCACCUGGUGAAACAGUCAGUGUGGUAAUGGGCAUAGACUUCUGCGACUCUACCCAGGUGGCCAGUUUCCAGUUGUGCACAAACACUCGCCAGUUUUACCUGUCCAUCCAAUCACCAGUUGGGGAGCUUAUGGCUCCAGUGUUCAUGAGUGAAAAUGAAUUCAAGAAAGAGCAAGGGAAGUUAACAGGGAUGAGUGAAAUCACAGAGAAGCUGACUCUACCAGAUACAUGCCAGAGCGACCAUGUGAUUGUGCAAAAAGUUACAGCCGCUGCUAAUGUUAGCCGUGUGCCCUGUGGCUUGGACAAAGAGUACAGAUUUGCUGCUAAAACAGUGAGUGGUGGAUGCCUCAUCCUGAUCACGUUGGAGAAGAAGUCGGACAACUUGGCACAGCUUACCAUCAACAGUGAGAAGAUGUUGAUUGGUACCAUGUUGGUGAAAGACAUCAUUCACUCCCUGACACAGGAGUGACCAAGGUGGAUUGGACUCCAUCUCUCAUUCCCAGGAUUACCAGUCAUCUUAGCCAAUGUUUCUGUUGGUUAUGCUUAUAGUCCAUGUGGAAAGCAGUGCUUAGAAGAGGAUGAAGCUGUGUUUGUGUGUAUGUGCGUACGUGUGUUUAGAACACGGGGAAGAUUCCUGUGACUCAACUGCCUUUGUUGUGUAAUGUCCUCUCCCUUCCCUCCACUUUUCUGUUCUACAGCUCUAUUUAUUAUGAGCAGAGACAGUUCAAUAAAAUUGCUUCCUGGAA